AGCGAGCAGAGUUGGGCGGCUUGGCCAAGUGAGGGCAGCCGCAGGCGUAGCACGUAACCCAUCAGCUGAUCCUGUCGCCGCCGCCGCCGCCGCCGCCGCCGCCGCCGCCCAGCUCGCCACGACCCCAAACCCCGACCCCUUAUAGCUCGGCCCGCGCGCCCCAGGCCCGGCCCGGGCGGCGCGACGGGAGGAUGAGCGGCGGGCGGCGGAAAGAGGAGUCGCCUCAGCCGCAGCUGGCCAACGGGGCCCUCAAAGUCUCUGUCUGGAGCAAAGUGCUGCGGAGCGAUGCGGCCUGGGAGGACAAGGAUGAAUUUUUAGAUGUAAUCUACUGGUUCCGACAGAUCAUUGCUGUGGUCCUAGGUGUCAUUUGGGGAGUGUUACCAUUGCGAGGUUUCUUGGGAAUAGCAGGAUUCUGCCUGAUCAAUGCAGGAGUCCUGUACCUGUACUUCAGCAACUACCUACAGAUAGAUGAGGAAGAAUAUGGCGGCACAUGGGAGCUCACCAAAGAAGGGUUUAUGACAUCUUUUGCCUUGUUCAUGGUCAUUUGGAUCAUCUUUUACACUGCCAUCCACUAUGACUGAUGAUGUACAGCCCCCGCUGCUCCAAAGGGGCCUCUUAGUUACAGCACAGAAACAUGAUUGCCAGGGCACCCAGCCACAUGGAACCUGGAAGACCUAUGUUUCCUGGACCGAGAAUCAGUGUGUUGGGCGUCAGGUAUCUUCUGCAAAGGUUGUGACCUGAAACUUUUUAAAGAACCAUCCGCCUUUUGGGGAAGCAUUUCUGAAUUGUCUAUCACCAACCAUUUCUUCUUGGAUACCAUCAUGAAACGUUGUUUGCAGAUUGGAGCUGUCCUUUAAUUUGAUGCACCUCUGGAUCCGGAUGAAACAUUAAAUUGUCUUCCUUCUC